AAUUCACCAACUCUCUCUAGCCCUUUCUCUUUUCUCUCUCUCUCUAUAUAUUGCUAAACAAAACCCUACUUAUUCUAAAAAUGGAAGCCACGAUCUUCGAGAAAAGAAGAAGCUCGUUAUCAAGCAUAGCGGUGCACAAACAGUCAUACUCGAUAACCAAAUCAAAGCCAAAGAUCCGUAUAAUUCACAUAUUUGCUCCGGAGAUCAUCAAGACCGACGUUGCCAACUUCCGUGAGCUCGUCCAAAGCCUCACCGGCAAACCAGACGACCAGAGAACUUCCAAGGCAAAACCUAGAAGAGAUAUGCAUCGUCUUCAUCGUCAAGUCCAAGACAUGAUCAACACGGAGAAACUAAGAGAACCCGAGCAUUGUGAUCAAGAGUUCUGCUUAAACGCAGAAGAGCUCUCGAUGACUUGGAACGGUAAUAAUGGCGCUGGUGAAAGCUCUGGAGGGUUCUUGAAUGGUUUGGGAGAUUUCGAAGGGUUUAUUCAAGAACUUGGUGAAUUUCCUUAUUUGCCCUUGUCCUCCAUUGAUGCUUCUGCUUCUUCUAACUCCUCUUCUUCCUCUCAUUUACAUGGUGGAUCAGUUUUCUCAGAUCAAUUCGCUUAACUCGGUCUCUCAAAGGAUGUGUAACCUUUUUCAUCUUUUAUUUUGUUUACUAGGUUUUUGUGGAAAUGAAUUUUUAAUUUAUUACUUUUUUUUUUGUUUGUUUAGUAUGAGGCUAAUUGAUUUAAUGAAAUUAGCUGAGACUCCUUUUAUUUCUCCCUUAAGGUCUUUAUGAUUUGUCCAUUGUCUUCAAAAUGUAAUGUACACUGAUAAAUGUUGUGUCUAGCUUUUGCUUUCUUGGACGUCCUCUAAGCAUUUACAAUGUUAAAUGUUUCA